AAACUGCUUAUAAUUAUACUAAUCUACUCUAUAAACACUCGAAAGGUCACAAUAACGCUGAGACUUCCUCUUAUCAACCGCGCCGCACAAUGGCGGAGGUCACGGGGUUAACCUUCAGCUGGUGGGACUCUCUCCAUAAUAAGACGUGUGAAACAAAACACAUUCAAAUGAAGCAAAGUGAAAAGAAGAGCGCGGCGAAUUAGCGCUCAUUAAUAACUCACUUUAUUGAACUAUUUAAACCAUACGAGCAAAGAAUACUGCGGGCUUUGAUGUUGACAGGCCUCUUCAAUAAUUAAUCGCUUGAUUCAAAUGCGUUUCCUCAAAACGUCUGACCCUUUACGAAAACUGGUUCUGCUAUUAGGCUCACGCAUUUCAAACAAGGCAGGAAAACAGCGAGUGUAAUAUAAAACAGAGCUAUCUGUGCCAGCAGAUGUGAAACGCCCUCUUCUGCUUUAAUUUUCUCCAUAAAAGUUCUGCACAGUCCACGCUCGCAUGCUCUCCCGUCAUCUUUUUCCCCGACGAGAGAGAAAAUAACAGAUUAUGUUGAUAAAUAGGAUCAUCCUGAGCUAAAUGCUGAAUGUGUGCGAUCAGGAGGGAGAACAGGAUCCUUGGACAAUGUGCGGGGCAUGCGGACAAAUAGUCUCACCUCCAGCUGAGUGUGUUGUUUCUUCUCAUUGUGCCGUCUGAAAGAGAAGAGGAGGGCCUUGGUUAAGAAGAUUAUAGCCCUACCCCACCCGUACGUUUAAUCAACAUGCCCUUUCAGCGCCGCCAACAAUACCAAACAUGUCUAAAACGUCCCCCGUUUUUCUCCCAUAGCAUACCUCACAUGUUGGAACAGCAUGCCAGGCAUCUAACCACAGCAAUUAGGAGAAAGAGUACUCUUACUGAUGCAGAGGGGGAGUGAGCAAAUCAGGCUCCCCAUCAAAGGAGCGGUGGCGUCAUUUCCACAAAUGUCACCAUCAUAGUGGCGUGUUUGAUAGCCAUCUAAUUUUUCAGGCUACGCAAAACAAAAAAAUGCAUUCGCUCCGACUCAUUUUUCACUGAUCAAAAUUCCCUAAAGAAGCCGAGGAGCUUUGCUUCCUCACCCUUGGUUUCUUUCAUCCAUGGUUAAAUAUGUAAAUAAAAUGUCUAAAGUCAUUCUUCAAAGGGGAACAAAAGAAAAAAGGGGGCUGAGGGAAAAGACAGCCAUAAAAUUCCUGCCAUUCUCCAUAACAUUAGCCAGAGGGGGGCCAGCUUCCAGCCAGAGCCUAGCAGCAGGGGAGCCAGCUCGCUCCAUAGAAUCACACAUCGCAAAUCCCACACACAAAAAAAUAAAAUAUCUUUUCAGCUUCAGCCAUCAAAGGGCCCCCUCCUUUCACUUUAUUAGUUACAGAAUUAUCUCACAGUUGCUGAUUUCUCAGAGAUGGAGCUGCGCUGCUUUUCUUUCGCCGCGCUGUUAUGGUUGCAGAGAUGAGAUAAAGUUGCUGCUGCAUGUGUGUGUGUGCGUGUGUGUGCAUGUGUGUGUUAUGCACAUGUGUGAGUAGGAAUAAGCUAUAGGAGGGGGGUUUGUAUAUGAAACAGAGGGUGGUAGACAGGAAAAAAAAUCAUAAAAGACACGGUAGAGAAGCUGCUGAGGGUACAGAUGCUAAAGAGUGAGCAGGCCUGCUUCCUCCUCCUCCUCCUUUUCUUCUCCGUUUCAAAGAGAUAUCAUCAUGACCGGCAAAAAUAUCAUGAAAGAGAGGGAGGACAGAACAAAGGCGAUGAAUUACAACAAAAAACCAGUGGGCUGUGUCUUCUUAUUAGACUGUGUGACAGUAUUAUCUUGUCAGCUUCAUUACACCAGAGGCAGCAGUAAUAAGGGCAGAUAUGUGCUCUAAAACAUGCCAGACACAGCUCGCUGAAAGCCGUAUGAUCAGAAAAUGGAGAGCAGAUUGGGCCCUGGUUCUGGGAAUCCAUUGAUAUGAUGUUAUUCUUCUUCACAUUAAAGCUGCCCUCUCUUUUGUUCCUCUCCUGCACGUCAGAUACAUAAUAAUGGUCCGUGUCAGCUGCUGUGCGUGGCCUAGUGAGGGGUCAGGAUGGAUGAAAUGCGUUCUGCUUAUGCAUCUGGGCCUUCUGCACAAAAGAAAGUGGGUGACACGACAUUACAGACUCCUAUUUCAAAGAAGAAGGCAUCAGCAGAACCGCAAACAAACUCAGUCAUAAGUUUCCUCUCAGAAUUAGGUGAUAUAAUUUCAGUCAAACCUCUUCAAACAUCACCAGCUGCAUGUGUGAUAUCUGAGAGGCACAUGUGCUGCAUAGGAGGAGGGUAUUGUGUUCAGGAGCGUGUAUUCAUACCCUAUAUUUAUGCUCCUGCUCCACACACACACUGAGCACUAACAGCUGAAAUGCCACUGCGGAGAUAUGCUGUGCUUAAACCACUUAGGCACGCUGGUGCCAGGUUUCUCAUCUUGCCCCAACACAUUUCUGAAAUACUUUAAAAGCACUUUAGUGACUCUUGUAAAAGGAAAAAAAAGUACUAAAAGUGCUCCUGUUUACUCGUGAUCAGUGUUUCAGCCUUGAUGAAGACCACCGCCCGGGUUAGAGCGUAAAUCUUAGCGCCACAAACUUUUUACAAGGUAACGUGAGCGAGGUCUGGAGGAUCUCACCCGCAUGAAAAAAGAGCAGAGAGCCUCAUGACCAGAUAGUGUGCUGCACUAUCAAGCUCCUCCAUGAGGAAACGGACAUGAAGAUGGAGUUCCCAUCACUGGAACAACAACUCAGGCUGCAAGUUUACUCAUGCACUUAAUUACAGCAGUCUCUGUGUGUGUGUGCGUGUUAAUAAGUCAUAUUCAGUUUAUUUUACAGCCUCUGUCUUCUGUCCUCUGACUCUCUGACUCUCUGCAGGAGCUGUUUCACUUUAACAGGCUCAUAAAAGACCCUCCAUCCUCCACUCAGUGUCUUAACUCCUCAUCCUGUGCAGGUCACAGGGGGCCGGAGCCCGUCACACACAGGAGGCAGGAUCUACUCUGGAAGGGUUUAUGACGGGACGUUAACAUUCAUGUAACACAUUUAAACUCAUGGAGGGUCAUUUCUGCAAACCUACACCCAUCUGCACUCAACCAGCCUGGAGAAAAAGCUUUAACGUGCAAUUACAGUGGAUGAUGAUAAAACAGCAGCAGACGCUAAAGUGUCUGAAGGACUCCGUUCUGUUCAGCCCUCUCUGUUAAACGUGUUGUAAAGUUUAUUCAUUUUUUAUGAGGAAAGUCUUUAUGUCUAAUAUUUUCUGAUUUAUCGCCCAGUUCAGACUGUGUGGGGAGUCUGAUAACAGAGAACAGACUCUGCAGUGAAACUACACCAACACUUUGGAAAUAUUCAUCCUUAAAUUAGAGCUUAUUGAGAACGAAUGAUCGCGACAAGAAUCUAAUGUGAUGUGUCUACAAAGGCAGCUCGACAUUCACAAAAACAACUUUAGUAUUAAAUCAAAUAAAGUUUUGCACAUGAAGAGUUUUGCAUGAUUUGAAAUGUUCAUAAAACAUUCCUGGGUUUUUAAAUAGUCAGAUAAGAUUCAUUUCAGGACAUGUUAGUGUUAUGCAGCUGGUGGAUUAAUAACUGGUUGUUGUAAAGUGUAUAAUGGAUUAACAGUGGUAAAAAUAAUGAGAAAUUUCAGAUAAUUCUGAUUGACAGGGACCCUGGAAUACUAUUAGUGGUGGGGGUUAAUGUGAUUAUUUUUCAUGUGAUCUUAAAUCUCUAAAGCAGCACAGUGCAUGUGCAUAUCCAGGUGUUACAGGUGAGCACAGUCCAGGUUAUUAAAACAAGCUCCUAUUGGCCUGACCGUAAAGUAAUGGACUGCAAGGUGAAUUUUGCAAUAACUCAAGUUUUACACAAAAUACUGCUAACAACUCUCUUUUUUUAACAGAAUAAAUCAGCUGUUUUAAUCCGAGUCGGAGUCUAAAAAAUUACGGUGGCCCUGAAGUGCAAAACACAAAAUACGAAAUAAAAUAAGAAAAAAGCAACAUAAACGUCUGAUGGUAAAGGUGGACAAGAGCAGAAAAAAAGCCUCUGCAAACAGAUAAUCCUGCGUUUUAAAUCAACACAUUAAAGCAGCUAUUAUUUCUGAUUAAAAAGACGGACAGUUCAUUCAACCAAUCGGUGACAGUCACACCACCCAUGUGACUCCUGUCGCUGUAUCCGCCUUUCCAGUAAGAUGUUAAAGUUCUGUUUAACGAUUUGUUUGUUUUUGUUAAUGAUUGUUGUAGUUUGUGAUUUGAUUUCUUGUUUAAUGAUUUUGUAAAUCUGUUAUUGUGUUUUGUGAUCAGUAGUUUUGAUUUCUUAUCCGUCUUUUGUGUGUUUUAUUAUUUGUUGUAGUUUUUUGUUUUGUUUUAUUUUGGGAUUUGUCUAUUUGUGUUUUCUAAUUUAUUUAUUGUGCUUUUUUUUAAGGUUUUGUUUUGCACUUUAGGGCCACCAUACAAAUUCCACUUGUGCGAUUAUAAAAUGACACUCACUUUACAGAAAAUAUUGUUUUCACUUCAUAAAUGUCUUGUCUUUUUCUAUAAAUAUUGAACAACUCUUACUCUUGGGUGUUUUUUAAUUCUUUAACAUUUUUAUGGUGAAAUUGUCGCUUUUAUUCAAAGAUGAUCUGAGCAUUAAUGUUUAAGUCCUGCUGUAUAUCUCUGGAGGACAGCAUCAUCUGUUUUCAUGCAUGUUUUAUCAUGUCUCACUGGGCGGUGAGUUUAUUUUUACAGUUUCUCUCACAUAAAUUAAGAUAUGUUUUAUUUUUAAAUAGGUUUAAUAUGAGGAAGGAUGACUGCAUAAUCAGGAGUCUAAACUAUAAACUUAAUGUCUGCAAACUGUAUUCAUGCUUUAUUUCCUCAUUGAUCUGGUGUUUCACAAAUAAAUGGGAUUAAUUUUCUAGAAAGGCUCAUCAGCUUCUCAUGUGGAGUUUUAACAUCAUUAGGUUGUGGUGCGUCCUCUGAGCCACAUUGUGCCCCAUUUCGGUGUUGUUCCUCCUAAAAACGUGUCUCUGUCCUGCUUUAGCUGAAGUUUGAGGUUGAGCACAAACAAACAGAGAAAGAGAAGGAAGUUUGCUGUGAGCCUUUGAAACUGCUGUAAUGAACAAGCUGUUCCGCACGAUUUGAAAAUAAUCCGCGUGUCAGUGUCAUCUUUCUUAUGCAAAGUAGCUGUCUUUGAAGGCGGAUCUUUUGGCAGGUUAGACCGGGACGGAGGCUCCGACCAGCUCAGACGAGCGCUGCCACCAAACGCACCAACAGCCUGCAGACGGGAGGAGCAUAAUCCUGCCUCUCUGGAACAUUUUCACUCUUUAAACCCGGGAUUUUUUAUCGGAAUAAUUCUGCUGACUCCCCUAAAUGUUUCCUGAGCAGCGUUUCCCUCUGCAGAAAGGAGCGGAGGAAAAGCAUUUUGGUUGUUUUACCAAGUUUUCUUCGCGCAAAGACUGAGUCCGCUCCGCUGCACAGACAGACAGACAGACACCCCGGAAAAGUGACAUGAAACGUGAGGACCGAGAAGUGAGGCUCAAUCAGGAGACACGCAGGGGAGCUGACGAUCAUUCAUUUUUCAUCUGUGUUGACUGAUAGGCGCGGAGGAAAAGGCAGAAGAAGUAGAUCCAACACUUUAGCCAUGAAGUGAGCGCAUGAAAGCAUGGACCUGAACGCACGCUACUUCAAGAGAGGAGACGAUUCCGGACUGCUUUUGGAUUUAUGUUUUUGUUCAACUUUGUCAGCCAAAAAUGAGGAGACGGUGGUCUUAUAACAGAUAGUUCUGUAAGUUUGCGGUCUCUCUCUCUCACACACUGACACAGGCAGGUUUGGACAGUCAGAGGAACUUGUUUGUUGUGGUUUCAGGGAACAUUUGGCCUAUUUUUCAUUGUAUCAAGAGGAGAGGAUGUGUUCAAGUGUUAAAGUGAGACUCAUCUGUGUGCUGCUGGUCCUGUGGAGCGAUGGCGGCUCAGCCAUCAGCUCUAUAGACCCCGACUGGUCAGGAGAGGGGAGAUGUCAACAGAUCACCAUCACUCAGUGCAAGGACAUCGGCUACAACAUGACUCGGAUGCCGAACCUGAUGGGCCACGAUGACCAAAAAGAGGCAGCGAUGAAGCUGCAGGAGUUUGCGACUCUGAUCCAGUUCGGAUGCCACAGUCAUCUGAAAUUCUUCCUGUGUUCGCUGUACGCUCCCAUGUGCACCGAGCAGGUGUCCAACCCCAUCCCGGCGUGCAGGGUGAUGUGUGAGCAGGUCAAGCUGAAAUGCUCGCCCGUCCUGGAGCAUUUUAACUUCCCCUGGCCCGACUCCCUGGACUGCUCACGGCUGCCGACCAAAAACGACCCGAACAAUCUGUGCAUGGAGGCGCCCAACAACGGCUCCGACGAGCCUCCCAAAGUCUCCCACACCCAGCCUCCAGAUUUCAGGCCACAGAGGCCUCUGAGCGGGCAGGACCUGCACCUGAAGGACACCGGCAGCAAGCAGGCUUGUAGCAACCCGGGGAAGUUCCACUUUGUGGAGAAAAGCGAGUCAUGUGCCCCUAAAUGCUACCCUAAAGUGGACGUUUACUGGAGUCAGGGCGAUAAGCAGUUCUCGCUGGUGUGGAUGGCCAUCUGGUCCAUCCUCUGCUUCGUCUCCAGCGCCUUCACCGUGCUCACCUUCCUCAUAGACCCACAGCGCUUCAAAUACCCCGAGAGGCCGAUCAUCUUCCUCUCCAUGUCGUACUGUGUUUACUCUGUGGGCUACCUCAUCCGACUCUUCGUGGGAGCCGACAGAAUAGCCUGCGACAGAGACAAUGGGGUCCAGUAUGUGAUCCAGGAGGGUCUGGAGAGCACCGGCUGCACCAUUGUGUUCCUCAUCCUGUAUUACUUCGGCAUGGCCAGCUCCCUCUGGUGGGUUAUCCUGACCCUCACAUGGUUCCUGGCUGCCGGGAAGAAGUGGGGUCACGAGGCCAUCGAGGCUAACAGUAGCUACUUCCACCUGGCGGCGUGGGCCAUCCCGGCCGUGAAGACCAUCAUGAUCCUGGUGAUGCGGAAGGUGGCCGGGGACGAGCUGACAGGGGUCUGCUAUGUGGGCAGCAUGGAUGUCAAAGCUCUGACCGGCUUCGUGCUGAUCCCCCUCUCCUGCUACCUUAUUAUCGGCACUUCCUUCCUGCUGUCCGGCUUCGUCGCCCUCUUCCACAUCCGCAAGGUCAUGAAAACGGAAGGUGAGAACACAGACAAGUUAGAGAAGCUGAUGGUCCGCAUCGGGGUCUUCUCCGUGCUCUACACCGUCCCCGCCACCUGCGUCAUCGCCUGCUACUUCUACGAGAGGCUCAACAUGGACUACUGGCGCAUCCUGGCAGUGGAGCAGAAGUGCGUGGAGGGCAGCGGGCCGGAGUCGGACGAGUGUGUCAUGAAGUCGUCCAUCCCCGCUGUGGAGAUCUUCAUGGUGAAAAUCUUCAUGCUGCUGGUGGUGGGCAUCACUAGCGGCAUGUGGAUCUGGACCUCAAAGACGCUGCAGUCGUGGCAGAAUGUGUUCAGCAGGAAGCUGAAGAAGAGGACAAGGAGGAAGGCUGCCAGUGUGUUCACCAGCAGCAGGCCUUACAUCAAACCUCACCCGUCUCUCAAAGGCCACAGCACCAAGUACGAGCCCACACGGCCUCCUCCGACAUGCGUAUGAGCUGGCUCUCUUUGUAUGAACCCCCAAAUACUUGUAAAGCCCUUACCUAAACGAGACUUUGUAAUCAGAGUGCCCUCAAAAGACUCAAGGUUCAUGUUUUAUUUAUGCAAACUGCAUUGAAGAUCAUGCAACGUGGCUUUUUUGUAUCUUGAGCCAUCUCAUGCAACAAGAGCUGCCUUUGUUUGAGACAAAAAUCUGCUACUCCUGGAUUCACUUAUCCUAUUGAGGAACUUGGUAGGGAGAAAAAAAUCGUAUUGUUCCCAAGACAAAAAGAGUGGAAUAAACCAUUUGGAUGUGCCAUGGGGUUACUUGAAUAAUGUGCAAUAGAUGUUUUUUUUUUUUUCUUUUUUUCCUCGCAGGCAGAAAAAGAGACACUUGUACUGUUAGUGACAGAUUACAGACAAUGAAAGGAGCCCGUAGACAAUGGAGGCAAAUGGUCAGAGAGAUGAGUGUUGUGUUUGGAGGCUUUUUAAUGGAAAUGGAGGCGGUGUCAUAUAUGUUUGAACUGGAGUGAGAGCAGCUGUUGAAAAGCGCUCAGGACCUUCGCCGAACCGGCCAUUGUGAGGCAAAUCCUUCGCCAUAAAUUAAUCAAGCACUCGUUAUUGAAAACUUAUUUGUACACGCGGUUGUUUUAUUCUUUGCUGUUUUAUAGCACAAGGGAACGUUUGUAUAUAUUUCUAAAAAAAAAAAAAAAAAUUGAGAUUUUUAUAGAAAAAUUAAUAAAACGUUCUAGUUUUAAAUGUUUGCAAAGGAGCGGUGGUGUUUUCAAACUGUGUCUUGUCCGUGUCUCCUCUUCCUCUGAGUGUUUGUCUCAUGCAGGUUUUAAAACGUCAUAAAAUCAUGAAGCAUAACUGUGAAUGAGAGAGAUGGGUUUAGAUUUGGACAUACAGAGCAGCUUUAAAAAGUCACUGCAAGAGAGAAAUGACAACAAAUCAAUUGCACUUUUACCUCUUUUAAAAAAAAAGCCUGAUGUGUCUGAUGUGUGUGUGGAAAGAGUACAAACAGAGCAGCUGUGUGUAUUUCUGUCUCUGAUUUUAAGGCUCCAUAAGGAAAAAAUGCAACUUAUACUUUUGUUAGCAUACAGAGGAGUGCAGCAAAGGUGACUUCAGCAAAUUUAGCAAAAGUACCAUAAGGUAAAAGAUAAACCUCCAGCAAAUGUCAGAGCUACUUCUACAAAGGCAGGAGUUUUUUUAAGGGUCAUAUCUCACCAUCGCUGUGACUGUGUGAAAUAUUUGGAAGUUGCACGCUUCAGCAUCACUUUUUAAUGUUUUUUUUUGUAAAAGUUGACUGUUGCUGCAGCUUAAGGUCUUCUAAAGAUACAGAAAUGAGUUUACAGAGGACCGGUCCAAUCAUGUAUUUAGAUAUCUAUGUAUAAAAGAGGGGAUCAAAAUGAUUUUUAUUCCUGCAGUAAAAGUUUGAGAACCACUAAAAGCCUAAAUUAAUGACUCUUUCUUCAUAUUGAAUGAUAAGGUGACACUGUAAUGUGUUUACAUCAGCUUAGAUUAAUGCAGAAGUGGUUUUAAAAUAUCUCCAAUCAAAAUCUCAUUCUUAGUUUGGGUGUAAAAUUUCUAAUUUUCAAAAAUUCAAUUUCAGCAUUUUUGCAAAGUUGGUCAAAAUGUUCAUGUACAGUUUAAAGCUCAAAAUUAACUCCAUAAAGUCGUCUUUAUCUGACCAAUCAUUUAAAAACCUGCUUAUAGUUUUAAUAUUGACUUCCUGCUUUUAUGUGAGGUGCUUUUGUAAAGUGUAAACCCCAGCUGAGGAGGAUACACUAUUUUAUUUUGGUCCUUUCUGCUCCUGCUCCACCUCUCCCUCUCUCUCCCUCUCCAUCUCUGGCUGUGUUGCAUGUGUCGGUGCGCAUGAAUGAAGGGGUUAUACAAUAAUCCAGCUCUCAUUCAGGACAGGAUUAGACCGUUUGAAGGGUUUGACUUUGAAGGGAGGAUCGCUGCAAAGCAAAAAAUACUGAAUAUCUGUCAUCUCUUCUCUUCUUAUCAGCGGGGCAUGAUGACAUUUCUAAAGACACAUCUGGCCUGGAUUUGAAGUGGUUACAUAUUGACUGAAGCGGGUUUUUCAAAAGAGAAUAGGCCAUGUGGUAUGGUGGGAUGCUCCGGGGUUCAAUGAUCCUUUCACUGUCAACAGUUCAAGUUGUGUCUUGAAUCAAAGCAGCAGCAAUUAACUUUGGCAACAUGUGCGUAGAGUAUUUUAACGAUCAGAGACACACGUGCAGGAAUUUGGAGGAAGUUAUCAUUUGAAAAAAAAACCUGAAGAAGCUUCAGGUUUGGAGUACAGGCCUUUCUUUAUCUGCCACACUUUCAAACCUUUUUUCAGAGUUUAAACCUCUGGUAGAGAAUCCUCUCUGGUCUAAUAAAGUUUCAGAAAGUGUAGUAAUGCUUUCUCCUCCAGGGCAUUCAAGUUCCAGCGUCAGCCCAACCCGUUUUAACAGUCAAAAGCACAUGACUCACAACCUUUAUGUGGCUGAAUCAAAGUCAGCCAGUGUCUAUUGAUACUGUGAGUCGCAAAAAAAGGUGCGAGUGCUUCUGAGAGCUUCAGCAGAGGCCACCUGGAUAACAGCCCCCGAGGUGUCUGGGAAGGCUGUAAAUAUAAAUGACAGUUACCACCCCCCUCCAGGGCUUCUUCAGCCAAGCAGGCUGCACUUCUCUUCUUCUGCUCGCUUCAAAGGGGAAAAUCCUGCUCUGAGCAAGGGCAAAGUACUGCUGGCAAGAAAGUUUCUGCUUUUUUUUGUUUUUUUUUCUCUUUGGAAAUCACACUCCACUGUACGUCUGCAUGUAUGGUCGAAUUAAAGCGUUUUAAAGUGAAGAUUUCAUGUCAUCUGAUCGCCGCGGAGAGUCAAACAUCUUUGGUCUGGUGUUUUGUUCGUGAUUAGAAGUCAGUCUUUUUUAGGAGGGGAUUCCCGCCACAGCCAUGUGACUCAGGCUGAUGAAUCUCAGACCCACACAUGUGUAAACUCCACCGGGACGAAUGCUGUCACAUCAUCACACUCCUCCACUCCCUGCCUCUCCUUCCUUCCUUCUGCUGUGCCAU